AUGCUCAUUGGAACGAAAUAUUCUGGGAAUAACCAAGAAAGACCACUACCACCUGGAAUGCCAGAUCUUCGCACUUGCCUCCUAAACCAGAAACUCCAGAUGCUCAACUGUUGCCUGGAACGUAAAAUAGCGAGGGAAAAUGCCAAGUUCUUCUCCACAGAAGAUUCUGGAGAUUCUGAUGAGGAAUUCUUCGAUGCCAAUGAUGACGAAGUCGAUCGUAGGGAAUAUUCGUUGUGGGACAAGCCUGUGGGUAGAUUGAGCAAGUUCGGCGAAAUGAAGCUGUUGAAGACUGGAGAUCCGUUAUAUAUUCCGUUUACGCAGGAUCCGGUGUUGAAAACUGAAGAUCAACUGGAAGAAGAUACCGAUGUGCUUUUGAAGCUGGGCUCCGACCAAGAGGCCUCCGAAUUGAGGGCGCGAAUCAUGAGCGCCAGCCUCUUAUCCGAUAUGGAGUCGUUCAAGGCGGCUAAUCCCGGCUCGGUGGUGGAGGACUUUAUCAGAUGGUAUUCCCCUCGAGACUGGAUUGAAGAAGACAACGAAUUGGACGAGUUCGGACAGAAAAAAGGACAUUUAAGUCCUAGGAUGCAGCUGGAGGACAACAUUUGGGUGGAGAUGUGGAGAAACGCCAGACCUGUACCGGCAAAUCGACAAAAAAGGCUGUUCGACGAUACUAGGGAAGCUGAAAAGAUUUUACAAUUCUUAGAUUUCAGAACUGUAGGCCAAAUAGCCGAACUGGUCGUACCCAUCCUAACCCACAGCGCCAUCCUGCGUCUGAUAGACGAACUAGAGAGUCUACACAAUACCGUCGAAGCUACAGCUCGCGUCUCAUCUCUGCUCAAGCAAGGUGAAAUAACGCGCGACACCAAGCUGCAGCCGAAAAGGUUCGAGGCUUUCGCACAAGAUGUCGCCGAGUUGGAGGUCCGGAUAUCGCAAGUGAAUUCUUUAAAUUACAAGCUGAAUCCUUCAGGACAGGAGGACGAGGAAGUCAGUAGAGCCAUAGGCGAUCUAGUUUCGGGCCAGGAAAUAAACAUCCCCGAAAAAGACCGCUCCCAGGUCGGAUCCAGGAUAAUCUCCAUGUUCGCGGAUUGCCAACGAUUAGGAUCCGUCCCCCCUUCUCCAUCGUCAUCGUCCUCACCGCCCGACGAUCAGCCUGAUGCACUGAUGCCAGCCCCCGCGCAGAGGGAGUUUGUGCUCAGGGCUAAUUGCGUUAGGCCCAAUUUGUAUUCGGCUAGGUGCCCGCAGUUCUUAAGGGUGAUCCUGGAUAAGAGGGAGUUUAGGUUAGUGGGUGCGUUCUCGGAAGACACUGCUUUCUUUUGAGGAGAGGAGAAUCAGUUUUAUAUAUUCAGAGAGAUUAUUCAGCAAUAUUUUUUAAGUAUGAUAAAUAUAAUAUAUUUGGAGAAUUACGUAAACCUAGAAAAUUAACCUAUAAAUAAUCAUUAUUGAAUGUAUAGUCAAUGAAAAUAUUACUAUGCCGAAGUCAGAUUAAAAUUUAAAAGCACGUAGCGAUGCUUGGUUAGAUUGGAUUUCUUAUUUAACUUAUACUAAUGCAAUAUUAAUCUAUAGACAUCUAUAAUAUACCGGUCUGGUCAUCGAAACAGCGUGGUCUGGUUUUUAACGUGUAAGACAGU